GGCGCGUCAACCGUCUCUCGCCGCGCGCGCGGUGCUGAACUCCACAGUUCCCCUGGGCUUGCGGUGGGGCGUAAACCUUCAGGCUGUGAGGGCAGUUUGCUCGGCGGGAUCCUAGCGAUACCUACUCGGUUCUCUGUCAUCAAAGACAGUAAGUCCCUCUCAGAAUCCACUGACCUGCUCCCGGGAAGGCGGCGACAUCGUCUAGACGCUGUCAUUUUCCUCCCAGUGGACUCAGCCCAGAGCCCGCACGCAGCAUUGCUCUCUGCAGUUUUGACAGGUGGCGCCUUGAAAUAAAUGGCUCCUGGACAGGAUCGAGUGGUUGCUCUUGUAGAUAUGGAUUGUUUUUUUGUACAAGUGGAACAGCGGCAAAAUCCUCAUUUGAGAAAUAAACCUUGUGCAGUCGUACAGUACAAAUCAUGGAAAGGUGGUGGAAUUAUUGCAGUGAGCUAUGAAGCUCGUGCAUUUGGUGUCACUAGAAACAUGUGGGCAGAUGAUGCUAAGAAGUUAUGUCCAGAUCUUCUCCUGGCACAAGUUCGUGAGUCCCGUGGGAAAGCUAACCUCACCAAGUACCGGGAAGCUAGUGUUGAAGUGAUGGAGAUAAUGUCUCAUUUUGCUGUGAUUGAACGUGCCAGCAUCGAUGAGGCUUAUAUAGAUUUGACCAGUGCUGUACAAGAAAGACUUCAAAAGUUACAAGGUCAGCCUAUCUCAGCAGAUUUGUUGCCAAGCACUUACAUUGAAGGGUUGCCCCGAGGCCCUACAAUAGAAGAGACUAUUCAGAAAGAGGAUAUUCGAAAACAAGGCUUACUCCAGUGGCUUGGUUCUCUUCAGAGUGAUGAUUCUACCUCUCCAGACCUACGGCUGACUGUGGGAGCCGUGAUUGUGGAAGAAAUGAGAGCAGCCAUAGAGAGGAAGACUGGCUUUCAGUGUUCAGCUGGAAUUUCACACAAUAAGGUCCUGGCAAAACUCGCUUGUGGACUAAACAAGCCCAACCGCCAAACCCUGGUCUCACAUGGGUCAGUGCCACAGCUCUUCAGCCAGAUGCCAAUUCGUAAAAUCCGAAGUCUUGGAGGAAAGCUAGGGGCUUCUGUCAUUGAAGUCCUUGGGGUCGAAUACAUGGGUGACCUGACACAGUUCACUGAAUCCCAACUCCAGAGUCACUUUGGAGAGAAGAAUGGGUCUUGGCUGUAUGCCAUGUGCCGAGGUAUUGAACAUGAUCCAGUUAAACCCAGGCAGUUACCUAAAACUAUUGGCUGUAGCAAGAACUUCCCAGGGAAAACAGCUCUGGCUACUCGGGAACAGGUACUGUGGUGGCUUUUGCAGUUAGCCCUGGAACUUGAGGAGAGGCUAACGAAAGACCGAAAUGAUAAUGACAGAGUGGCUACUCAGCUGGUUGUCAGUAUCCGUGUUCAGGGAGACAAGCGGCUCAGCAGCCUGCGUCGGUGCUGUGCCCUUCCCCGCUACGAUGCUCACAAGAUGAGCCAGGACGCGUUUGCUGCCAUCAGGAACUGCAAUACGUCUGCAGUCCAAACUGAGUGGUCCCCUCCUCUCACAAUGCUCUUCCUCUGUGCUACCAAAUUCUCUGCAUCUGCCCCUCCAGCUUGCACGGAUAUCACUGUGUUCCUGAGUAGUGACUCAAGUGGUCAGCCAAAGGUGCCGAUUGCCUGCUCUGAGACUAGGACCCAGGGACCUGGCCCAGCUGUUCCUACCUCUAAAGAGGCAGCCUCGUCUCUAGAGUCUUUUUUUCAAAAGUCUGCCAAAAAGCAGAGAAUGAAAGAGACUUCCUUUGCACCUCUUAACACGGCCGCAGAGAAGUCACCAUCCAAGCCUUCACUUCUGUUCCCAGCCACAGGAACUAAGUCUUUCUUUAAGCAGAAGAGCCUGCUGCUGCAGCACACACAGCUUAGUCAUUGUGCAGCUCCUUCCCCUCCACAGGACAGCUCUGAAGUGCAGCCACGCUGUCUACCAACAGAGUGUGCGGACGGGGGUCCUGCUGAUGAAGGGGCGUUGAAGCCAGUACCCUCUAAAGCCAUCUCUACAGAAACAAGUGUGGCUGGGAACAGUCUAAACAUGCUUGAGUCCUCAGCUUGCAACCGAAGGGCCGCUGAGGACCAAGUGCUCUGUGAGAAGUGUGACUCCCUGGUUCCAGCAUGGGACAUGCCAGAACACACGGACUACCAUUUUGCAUUGGAGUUACAGAAAUCUUUUUUGCAGCCUUGUACUUCAAAACCCCAGGCUGUUCCUGCCAUGUCUCCUCAGGGCAAACGAAAUCCCAGGAGUCCCUUGGCUUCUAGUAAUAAACGCCUUAGGCCCCACGGCAUGCAGACGCUGGAGUCAUUUUUUAAGCCAUUGCCACAUUAGUGCUGCCCUGAGGCUUGCAGGAGAGCUUUAUUAUUUUAUUUCUAAGAGUUGGAAUCAUGUUGACUACUCAAGGGAAAGUAUGAAAUUUUUAAUAGAAAAUUAGGGUUUUUUUCUCCCAAUGGGAUUCUGAUCCUGUUGCUGAUCAAAAUGUUUUUUAUCUUUAGGGAGAUAGAGUGUCAUAAAAGGUCUAAGGAGUUGGCAAACUUCUCAGUUCUGAGCUAUCUCACUUUCUUCCUUAUAAACUAAGGACCAAACAUAUAUAGGAAUAUAACUCAAAAAAAUUGAAAACGAAAGGAUAAAAACGGGGUUGGAGCUAAGCUCACUUGUCUAGGACAGCAUGUGCAAGCCCCGUGUUCACUUCCCAGUUCUAAGAUGGGCGAGUACAAAAGCUAAAGCCGUGGGUUUAGCAGUCUUCCUCAGCCAUGCAGGCACUAGGAUGCAGUCUUCCAGACUUUCCUGAAUUACAUAUGAAAUCAGGUAGUAGGUUUAAUGGAUAGGGAAAAAGCAUAUAUCCUUUCCCUACAUAAAUACAAAUCAACUUACUUAUAAAUUGGGUCUUUCAAAGAUUCACUGUGUUUAGCAGGAAAUUACCCUUUCCUUUGACUUUAGUGUAGCUUCUUCCCUGGCUUGAUCUGUAGUUUCUUAUAGGCAAGAGUUCUUGCAGUGCCUUACACGUACUAUGUUGUUGAUGUUGGUUGAAUGUAUAUAGUAAAUUAGCCACACUGAGACAAUAAAAUGUACUCUUCGGGA